ACAUCUCUCUAUUCCUCAGCCAUGUCCCGUCCCAUCACAUUCGAACCACUCCCGCUAAGGCCACGUUCAGCUCUCCAACUCUAUAUCGGCGCAGCAUGCAUGUUCACCAUCUCCCUUCUUUCCGCCCUCCUCGCUCUGUCCUACUUUUACUGCCCUGCCCAAAUUACAUGGCUACGCCCAUUGUGUGAAGACGAGCACUAUAAAUAUCUUGUUCCGCUACUCAUUCCUGUGACGACAUGGUUCGCAAUCGCCAACUGGGUUGGCUGGGAGUAUUUUCGUUUUGCCUAAUUUGGCCAACUCUACUUUUUUUUUGUUUUUUUGACUACACCAGAAAAACCGAGCCACCCUUGCUGCCAGGAUUAUGAGGUCAGGUUGUUCUGUCGUUCCAUAACAACUGGCAGGUUGUUCUGUCGCUCGUUCAAUACCAACUGGCAGGCUGUUCUGUCGUUCCAUUAACAACUGGUGUCUCACCGGGUUACUUUAACGUCAACAAUAAUCUCUGGGCCCAAGAAUCGACAGUCCAGCGCCUGUCUAAGCAGCACUACAAUCCGCCAGACGGAAGACUACCCAAGCGGAUGGUUCUGAUUCAGUUACGGUUACCUUUAUCUUCCUGAAAAGUCUCUUUUCGAACUUUUCAACCACAAGACGAGUGAUAUUCGCUGCAUAGGGUAUAUAUAUGCACAUUAGAUACUCUAAUCGUCUAUGCACAAAAAAGGUCACAAAGACAGAUACGGAAGGAGACAAAAAAAAGAAACCAUCGAUUCACAAAAAAACGUCCCGAAAUUGUCAAGAAGGAAACCUAUUUGAAACUAUGCCUGCUUGAGAUUCCUCAACGACCCCAUAGCAGGACUCUUUGCUCCAUCCCUCCUAUCCCUAUGUCCCAUGGCAGAUUUUGAUCGUUCUUCCCUCUUCUUGGCUGUUGAGAAGAUACUUUCUCCGUCGCUAAGCACGUUGGACGCUCUUCCUGAACGCAUAGACCAGCCGCGCAGAGAUGGUGUCUCCGCCCGAGCAGGUGUCCGAGGGACAUUGGGAUGGUCAUGAUGGUGAUUAUGCUGGCCGACAAGGUGUUUGCCAUCGCAGCACGCUUUAUUCGUAAAAAGAGUAGCCUUCAAAUGAAGUAUCCAUAUCCUCUCCAUCUUCCCGUGACACUACAUCGAAUUCGUCGUCU